ACUUAUCUGAUCCUGAUCGAGUCUGAACCUCCGCGAUCCGGAAUCAGAAAUAUCAAACAUGUUUGAUGUUUAUGAGUCCAGAUCAGGGAGGCCUUGAGACCACCUUGAGACGAGCGUCCAGGUGGACCAGAGACGACUUGUGCUCCCCCGGUUGCCUCCUCUUGUGAUUGCGCCCCCUGCUGGCUCUCUUUUACCUCUCUCUCCUCUCUGUCCUCUCUCUGCUCCUCUGUUUUCCCCGGGCAGACAUCGUUAGCACCUUGAGGCCGGACGAGAAGGCCGUCAUGACUUAUGUGUCGUGUUACUACCACGCCUUCUCAGGCAAGCAGAAGGCAGAGACAGCGGCCAACAGGAUCUGUAAGGUGCUGGCUGUGAACCAGGAGAACGAGCAGCUGAUGGAGGACUAUGAGAAGCUGGCCAGUGAUCUGCUGGAGUGGAUCCGGCGCACCAUCCCCUGGCUGGAGAACCGCCUCCCUGAGAACACCAUGCAGGCCAUGCAGCAGAAGCUGGAGGACUUCAGAGACUACCGGCGCCUCCACAAGCCGCCCAAAGUGCAGGAGAAGUGUCAGCUGGAGAUCAACUUCAACACGCUGCAGACCAAACUGAGGCUCAGCAACAGGCCCGCCUUCAUGCCCUCCGAGGGGAAGAUGGUCUCGGACAUCAACAAUGCGUGGGGAAACCUGGAGGGAGCAGAGAAAGGAUACGAGGAGUGGCUCCUCAACGAGAUCCGCCGGCUGGAAAGACUCGACCACCUCGCCGAGAAGUUUCGCCAGAAAGCAGCGAUCCACGAGGCCUGGACUGAAGGUAAGGAGGACAUGCUGCAGCAGCGCGACUACGAGGCGGCGUCUCUGUCGGAGAUCAAAGCUCUGCUGAAGAAACACGAGGCCUUCGAGAGCGACCUGGCUGCACAUCAGGACCGCGUGGAGCAGAUCGCCGCCAUCGCACAGGAGUUAAAUGAGCUGGACUACUACGACUCCCCGAGUGUGAACGCUCGCUGCCAGCGGAUCUGUGACCAGUGGGACGCUCUGGGAGCGCUGACCCAGAAACGCAGCGAGGCUUUACAGAGGACCGAGAAGCUUCUGGAAACCAUCGACCAGCUGUACCUCGAGUUCGCCAAGAGGGCGGCGCCGUUCAACAACUGGAUGGAGGGCGCCAUGGAGGACCUGCAGGACACAUUCAUCGUCCACACCAUCGAGGAGAUCCAGGGAUUGAGCACGGCUCACGAGCAGUUCAAAGCCACGCUGCCCGAGGCCGACAAAGAGCGCCAGGCCAUCCUCGGCAUCCACAACGAGAUCGCCAAGAUUGUGCAGACCUACCACGUGAACAUCGCCGGCUCCAACCCGUACACCACCAUCAACCCGCAGGAGGUCAACGCCAAAUGGGACAAGGUCAGGCAGCUGGUGCCGCAGCGCGACCAGGCGCUGAUCGAGGAACACGCCCGGCAGCAGAACAACGAGCGCCUGCGCAGACAGUUUGCAAACCAGGCCAACGUCAUCGGACCCUGGAUCCAGACCAAGAUGGAGGAGAUCGGACGCAUCUCAAUCGAGAUGCACGGCACGCUGGAGGAUCAGCUGACUCACCUCCGCCAGUACGAGAAGAGCAUCGUCAACUACAAGCCAAAGAUCGACCAGCUGGAGGGAGACCACCAGCUGAUCCAGGAGGCGCUCAUCUUUGACAACAAGCACACCAACUACACCAUGGAGGUAAGACAGAGAGCCUCUUCUGGUUUCUCUUUCAGACUCCUCUCACCUGGGUGGAGAACAUCCUGUUUAUGUAUUUAGAUUUGAGGUUUCAGU